UGCCAGUGCUAUAAUAGCCACUAGCAAUAAUAUCAUGAAAAGGGAGGACUGACAACUCAUGGGGCCCCCGGGCAAUAGGGGAUCAUGGGGCCCCUGUGUCCUUGCCCAAACUCAAAAAAGCCUAUGAAAAAGGUACCAGGGGCAUCUCAUGGGGCCCCCUACUGACCCCGGGCCCUCGGGCAGUGCCCGAGUUUCCAAAUGGUCAGUCCGCCCCUGGUCGUACAACAAUCAAGUUGGGUACAAUCAGCCUGCUCACAGAUGGUUA